GAUCGCCGUCGUGACGUUUGGUCAUGUGGGUGGACGCAGUACAUGCGUGGGAGCGCGAGUUCCGCGAGACUGUGGCGGAGGUCAUUGCGGACGGAGGUCUCACCGAGGACUUGUCAGUUAAAGCUCCUCUCUUGGAAAAGCUUUCCGACAUCCUCGAGCACGACGAGGUCACCAAGGAUGACGCCAUCAUCGGCAGCAUGCUGGCGCUGUGGAUCGUGGUCGUGGGCAACGUCGGCCAGGUGUCUGUCAUGUCGUACAAGUACACGUGCUUUCGGCUCAUGACAGCGUUGCUCCGCCGCCCCGAGUUUAAGCUCCAAGGACUUGCCUUUGACUUCAACACACAGGACGUACGCAAAGAAGGCGACCCGGAAGCUUGGCGCCGCAUUCACCUCGUUCGCAAGCUCGUCUGCGACACGUUCGUGUACUCGUCUGCGCUGCUCCUCCACGACAAUCAGAGCGACGAAACCCACCGUUUCUGUGCGCUCGUGGCCGCGCAUGCGUACUUUGUGUUUCCAAUGCUUCAGCCACAAUUCGUUGAUGUAUGCGCGUGGCGGUACUGCCACCACCAGGCCAUCUCGGUAUCAUCGGUUCACAUGCACCUGACCGACGCGGUCCGCGCUCUGUCGUUGCAACCCACCCACACGGAGUUUAUGGACAACACGCCGGACUUGUUUCACUGGGGCUGGCUCGCCAAGCCGACCGACAUGGCCAUCCUACCCGACGAGUCGACGUGGCGACUCCUCCUAGAUGCGAAUGACGGCCACCUCUUCUGCGCAUUUGUCCAAGCAUUCCACGACCUCAUCGACCAAACCAUCCGCGCGAGUGCGUCACACGUGUCCGUUGUGCAGUGGGGAAUGGUCCCAGGCUACAUGCAGCUCGCGCACGUGUUUGGUGUUGUGCUGUACGAUGCGCUAACGACCAUGACAGCUAUGCGCCAACCUGACGAGCUCCAUUAUUCGAAGAGACUACAUGCCAUCGAGAAAGUUCUGCCGUCGACGACACUGUUCGUCAUGUCACCAGGCCUUUGUGCCAAAGUUCUCACGACAGCCACAACGCUCGCAAAGUGUGGCCACGUCGUGCAGCUGUGGCUGGCUGCGGCCAUCGCGGCAGCCAAAGAUGCGGGUGCCAACAAGGCGAACGGGGUCACGAUGUCGCCGCUUCUGCUGGAAGCGACGACAGCUUGGAUCGAGGUUGCGGCCAACAGCCACGACCGAGUCACGUCGUUCGAUGCCACGACGGAAAGGUUUCAAAACCUGCUCUUGUAUCCGUCUUGCAUCACCCUUCAAGCGAUGGUCGCGCACGUUGCGUCGUUCGUUUCAGCGAUACCUGAUGCCGACGAAAAUGGAGUGGUCGCCGUGUUGGUGUGGAUGUGCACCCACAUACAGCGCUUGCGUGUUGAAGACAGAGCUGUCCUCGUGGCCGCUGUGAUGGACCGGGCGCCGUUCUACGCACUCUUUUUGCACUGGUCGCCCGCCGUUCGUAUUUGCUUUGGUCACUUCUUGGUGUAUCGAGUAUUUCGGCACGAUCGGCGAGCGCUGCGCUUGGCUAGCGACACGGACGUCCUUGGUCUGUGCCACGACGGGCUGCGGCCAUUUCUGGCCGGCGCGCCCCCGUCAACGCCCGUUUCCGUCGCGGACAAACCGGCCCAGCUCGUCAUGUCGGACAGUCCGAGUCUGCUUUUGGACCUUUCCGUCGCCAGCAAACUCGACACGUUCUUGUAUGUUCUCCAGCAUCCCCCGUCGACCACGGACGCCGCCAGUCGGAUGUUCCCCGAGGCACUGGACAUUUUCGUCGAAGGCGCCCUCGUCGACUACGCCGUCGCGGUGCAAGAGUACUACGACCGAUGCAUUGUCGUCGAAACGAGCGGCAAUGACCCGAUCAAGGCAACAGAAGUUAUCGAAGGACCUGCGUUGGCCUCCGUGCUAGUUCAGCAGCGAAAACGACAUGUCUAGCUCAAGAAAACGUUUUGACUGGCAUGGGCAUCUGUGCAAGGAGGACAGGGCUACCUGCUGCAGCGGAACAUCGAACCGUUGGACGAUGUCACCGGUCGAAGCCAAACACCGCCGAUAACGUGGGCCAUCGGAGACCAAGCGGUGCCGCUGAGCACAUGUGAAUGCAUCAAUAUGUGGUUCAACAAAGGUUGUUGCGCCAUGGGCGACCUCCAUGUACAACAAAACGGGUGGCUAUAAAGAGCUUUGAUCCCUGUGUGCCUUUGACAGUGGUUGCGGCCGCAGAAUGAACGAGGACGUGUUAAGGAGGCAAGUCACGGCAAUGCGAAUGCGCUGUACUCGGCGGGAUUACCUCUCCAAGUUUGAAACGCAGGUGCAGGGAAGUUGGGCGGUAGGUGCAGCACUGUCGUCGCCGGGCUUGGACGUUUCUUCAGCUGCGAGGUCGAAGGCGAGGCGACCGAGUCGUCGACGGCAGAGUCGGGAGCUCAUUUUUUGUUUGGCAGCAAAGUCGUCGAGAGUUUUCUUGGCUCCCUAGGAAUGAGUAGUCCAGCGUUCUUCCCCAUCGAUUUAGCCAGCACCAUUUUGACGCCGCGAGCUCCAA